GCCCGAUAUCUAUGUGCAUGCGCUUUUCUCUUUUUUUUUGUGGUACUGUUGUUGGCUUCACUUUUGCGUGCACGCUCGGGGUCGCGUCGACGCGAGCGCACACACUGGCUCGUGGCUCUCGGCCUCCAUUUGCCAGUUGGUGUUCACGUUCGAGGGAUUCGACCCGAGGAGGCCCCCGUUCAAACGGCGACGACGACGACGCCGACGCCGCAACAGUUGGGAGUCUUUUACCGUAAACGUUGACGUUAUGUCGCCGUCGUAGGCCACGAGGCGUCCGCCCCCCCUUCCUCCUCCUCCUCCUCUCCCCCGACGACGAAAGGUGAGGCGUUAGGGAAAGCUGCAACUUUUACAACUUGGGCAUCAAAUGAAGCGGGACAGCCGUUGGUGAUGCCUGCCACCGACUCUGAGCCCACAUCGAUGGAGGACACCCACACAUUGGAGGAAGCGGAGGGGAGCUCGACUAACAUGCCCUCCUCCGCUCCUCCUGCGAUCGACCCUUCCUCAACUCCUCUGUAUCCGACCGCCACGAGACCUAAUCAUUUCCCGAUUGAGAAAAAAGCCGUCUCCGUGGCGAGCAACGAUUGCAGCUCGGCUCUCUCUUCACCCGCUGAAGCUAGCCCGGCCAAGCCGGCUGCAAUAUCGCCUGCCCCCUGUGAACUGACUGUUGAAACAAGCACCGCUACCUCACAUAUAGCGUCGGCGGCAGACUCCCCAACGUGCACGGGGGCGAGCCUCGUCCGCGUAUCGGAGCCGCCGCCCUUGACUGUGUGGCCGUCUACCACAUAUGGAAAUCCGGAGGUGAAAAAUGACUUUCCCGCGGUGCUGACCUUCAAAGGUGUCAGCGUCACCCUGGAGAAUAACAGCGUGUGGAAGCAGUUCUACGGCUGUGGAACGGAGAUGAUUCUCACCAAACCGGGGCGCCGCAUGUUCCCGUACUGCAGGUAUCGCCUGUCUGGCCUAGAGCCCGAGCGGCAGUACAGUUUGGUCCUUUCCAUCGUUCCAUCGGACCAGUACAAGUACCGCUGGAGCGCAACCAAAUGGGAGCUCACUGGUGCAGCAGAACACCAGGGCCAGGGCCUGAGCCGGGCCUUUUCCCACCAUUACUCACCCAGUCUGGGCUCUGAGUGGAUGAGCACCUUGGUGUCCUUCUACAAACUCAAACUGACCAAUCACCCUCAAGACCUCGACGGUCACGUGGUCCUUCACUCCAUGCAUCGCUACAUUCCUAGGCUCCACGUGAUACCCGCCCCGGACGGGCACGCACCCACACCUGAACAGCCCGUGGUUAUGGGACCAGAGAGCAUGACUUUUACUUUUCCUCAGACCGAAUUCAUGGCGGUGACGACUUAUCAGAACUUUCGGAUCACGCAGCUGAAAAUUAAUCACAAUCCGUUCGCUAAAGGCUUCAGGGAGGACGGGAACAACACCCGGCUGCACCGGAUCCCCAGCGAGGCGAUUAAGGACAUGCAGACUUUUAUUUUAACACCCGCUGAACCAAAUGAGAACACGGAGGAGGUUGUGGAUCUGAGCACAAAGGCUCCCGCCGUCUCCGGUUCUCUAGCCAAUGAGCAAGCGACCCGACUGGUCCUGAAGCCCAUCAUGUCUACCUCCGCCACCAAGAACGAACCGUUUGUCGCCUGUUUAAGAGGCAAGCAUGCCCUCGGUGAGCUCGUGCUUGUCCAAAAACGUCCGCUCGUCGAGCCCAAGGAAGAGCCCCACGCUGACAUAAACGUCACGCCCGCUACCUCAACGCCGACCCCGGAAUCGUCACCCGGCUCCCAGAAGAAGAAGAAGAGGCUCAAUAGACGUUGGGCCAAUUCGCGGGGAAAAGAGUGGAAACCUGCAGCUGCCUCCCCCACGGUAUUCCACAGCCCAUCAUUGACUGUCGCUAUGCAACCAGAACUGGAUGAUGUAGAGGGCCUGCUGUUUGUGUCAUUUACCUCAAAGGAAGCUCUUGAGGUUCACAUCGGGGACAAGCCAGCCAAUAGCACACCGGCAGCAUCUCCAAUUUCCCCACUGGCACCGAUGCGGUGGAGGGAAGAAGAAAACAUUGCAGUGGACGCGAUCCCGGAGACGGAUGAGGAGAAGGUGGGCCGCUCGGAGGCCGUCCUGCUGCAGGACCUCAGGGUUCUCAAACACAGACAAGUCAUCCAUCCUGUGCUGCAGGAGGUGGGCAUGAAGUUGAGCUCCUUGGACCCAAUGAAGCCCAUUGACCUGCAGUAUCUCGGGGUUCAUCUGCCACUUCCUCCCCCAAAGCUGCCAGAGAAAAGCAAGGCAGUGGAUCCGUCUCCUGGUGAUAAAGGAUUAUCCUUCACGUCACGGACGGGAAAGACAAGUGACGUGACACAAAUAAAGGGAUGGAGAAACAAGUUCAUCAGAAAGAAAGAAACGCCUCCUCCCAUCAGUGACGGAUCCCAGAAGAACCUGUCGGCGUUCUGCAGCAACAUGUUGGACGAGUACUUGGAGAGCGAAGCUCAGUACAUCAGCGACCGCGCCGCUGCCUUCUCCACGCACGCCGAGGACUCCGUGGCCUAUCAGCUGCCGGUCAAAAGCUCCAGCUACGUGAAGACCCUGGACAGCGUGCUCAAGAAUCGGAAAGCUGCUUCCAAAUCCCCCCUAAAGGCCAACCGACCCUGCCCGCUUUCCCACAAGCCCCUCCUCUACUCCGCCCUGGCGGCGCCGGCGCCUCCUCUGGCCGCCCCCGAGACGACCCCGGUCCAGACGGGAGUCCAGUCCACGCAGCCGCCGGCAUCUUCGCAGCUGCAGCCGGUAGCGCAGAGAUUAGCCGCAUUCCUCCCAACGCUCAGCCCGAGACCGAACGUUGGGCAGAACCACACGAUGAUGCAAAGACCUUCAGGCCACACUAAGACCCUGCUCAGACUCACGGAGAUGGAGUUCGGAGCCCUGAACCAGGGUCUGAGCAGAACUCAGCUGACUACAGACCGACUGUCAGUGGCUCUGGCUGGUUUGCUGACUAAACAGAUGCUGGCCAGUCAGGUCUGGAAAGUAACCAGGUGUCCGACGUAUACACCGACGGGACCCGAGUGCGGUCAGGAGUUCUGCACGCUGGGCUGCGUGUGUUCGAGUCUCCAGCAUCUGAACAGACCUCCCUUCCACUGCCGGCGGCCCGAAUGCAUGUUCGGCUGCGCCUGCUUCAAACGCAAGAUCACCAAGCAGUUGAGCGCGGGGGAGAGAGAAGCGCUGAUCCAACCCGUUUACUCUAUGACUAACAUGGAACAUAUGGUCCAGCCUCACCCGGGCUCCCACGCUAAUAAACUGUGGAACCGCCUCACUCACGGAGUGGAUCCAGAACCACUCUUCAUCCCCAAAAGUGCUCCAAGUGGGCUCCCCUGUUUGCCGCCUGUAAAGGUCGCGAAACGCAACACUGGAGCUAUUCUAUCCCAACCGAUUCGAGAAGAGGACAAGGAUCCGGUGUACAGAUACCUGGAGAGCUUGAUGACAUGUGCACGUGUAAGGGAGUUCAACAGCAAGCCUCCCCCUGUACUCACCAUUGAGCCCAAGACCCUUGAUAUUCCUGCAAAACCGCAGCAAACGGCCCCCGAUGAGCAGCCGAAGAAGUGCCCCAGUCCUCUACCGGUUAAAAAAGAAGAAAGGCUCACUGAGAGAACCACAUCCGGUGAAAAGGAAGCGAAAAAGCAAAUCGAGAUCCAGUCGGCGUGUCAGUGGGUGAAGGACCGCAAGAUGGUCCUGGAGGCUUUGUGUCAGCGCAUGAAUCAGAAUCGUCUGUCUCGGUGCUUCUGGGUGGGACCGUACCGCGUCCGCCCCAUCGCCAAGAUCUUCAUGCGGAAGCCCAGCGGCUCCAUCGUCACCUACAGGUUGCACAUCAGUAAACCGUCAAAAGCUAGCGACGCCGAUGAAGAUGAAUACGACGACACCGAUGAGGAAAAGCCGCCCGAUAAAAGCAUCGAUGGGGAUGCGGAGGCGGAGGCGGUGGAGGACGAUCCCCAACAUGUAGAGUCUGAUGUGCAGUUUGGAGUCACGCCCUUUUUGAGUGGAGUGUUACCUGCUGGAAGAUUGAAGGCCAGGACCAAACCUGCUGGCUGCCAAGCAUCUGGACUCAUACAGGUAAAUGGUAAAUCCUACAAUCAGGCCCGACUGUUGCUGGGGAACAUGGGAUCUCUACAUCCGGCCAACCGCCUCGCAGCAUUCAUCACGGGCCGGCUGCUUCCUCCCGGCGGCAUUUCUCUUAAAGUCUCUCGGAAAUCCGACCCGGCAAACAAAAUCACCACUCCCGAUCCUCUGCACAUAAAGGCUGCCGGCGCAGUCGUUCCUCCGGUUAUAACGGCAAAGAGCACCACUCACCUGAAGCCGCCAACACAGCCACCAGUUCCGAUGUUCCCGGCAGAACUUUGGACGAAGGGAUCCAUCCAGAACUCGUCCAGCGUCAACCCUUUCGCCUCGGGCCAACGCAGCUCGGCCGGCGGCGCCUUCCAGAAGAGCUCCGCGUCCUCGCCCGUUUCUCUCACCGUAUCGCAGUCUCUGAAAACGCCCAGCUUCUUGGGACAGAGCGGCACCUAUUCAUUCAGGAUCUGCCCUCCGGCUAACCAGGGCACCCGAGGCCAGAAGUUAACGGGCGUUACUCUGCCCGGGGGCUUCACUCUCAUCGAACUCCCAACGCCUGGAGCCGACGGAGCCGAGAACACUACAGACGAUAAAGCCCGGCCGCAGAGAGAAGCCUCGUUAAAUGUCGGCCGCUUGGCAGCUGAUUCGGAUGCAAAUAGGAAGGGUUUGAACACUUGUGCCGACCUUUCAGCGGAGCUGGUGAGUGAUGUGAAGAUACCAUCAGAUGAGAAUGAUGAAACCAACCGCAUGCAGGUGGAAUCAAACCCGGAUAUCGCUUCGGAGGACUUGAGCUCCGACUCCGACUCCUCCAACUACUCUGGAGAUCGGGACGGAAAUGAUGAGGUGGUGGACAUCGAGACCGUGGAGGAAGUAGGACACGGAUUGGCCAUCGCUCAAAUGAAAGAAGCGGUCCGCAUGGCGACAAAGGCGUCGGGAGAGCCCCCCGAUGGUUUGGGGUCAACGAGGGAAGUCCAAGUCCAGGUCCAGGAUAAUAUAGAGGAGUGUAGGGACAGCAGGAGGCGGACCAACCACACGUUCCUGGAAAGGCAAAGACGCUCCGAACAGCGGACCCUCUUCGACAGACUCCAGACGGUCCUUCAGAGCGACCCCCGGGCCCCCAGGCUCCGCCUCCUCUCACUGGCCCAAAAAGAAAUCCAAACUCUGACUGAGACUUCCAGAAGUCUGGAGGAGAAGAAGAGGAGGCUGACUCGGAUGCAGUCCGUCUACGUGAAGGAGCUUUCCCUUUUGUCGGGCAAGUCGGCCACGCUGAUUAGAAACAAGCUGAAGGACAUCUGCGAGAAGCAGAAAGUGAGAGAGAAGAAGACCGAGUGGAACCCGUUCUUCUCCAAUCUACUCGAGUCCAAAGCUGCUCUUAUGCAAUCCAGCAUCCUGAAGCAGCCGAAGCUGCCGGCCAAACCCCUGCUGGAGCCGGACUUCUUCAGGGCUCUCCUUCAGACUAAAUCCCCUGCGACUGCAGGCCCAAACAAGCUGGUGUCCCUGCUCCAGUCCAACCUAAAAAGGGCUCUUACGCAAUCCAGUGCACCCAAGUCGCCAUCGGUGUCCUUCGCACCCUGGGCGGAGGUCCCUGCACCCUCACCACAAGGCGGUCAACAUGUCAAAGAGAAGGAGGAGCAGGAGAAGAAGAACGCCCCCCCGGCGCCGGUCAUUGAGCCCACCUCCCAAACGCAGACCUGGGUCUUAGCUGCACCUCAGGACCCCGCAGCCCGGGACGAAGCCUCAUCUUCGGCCCCAAAGCCGCCCGAUAAUGCUCCGCAGUCCUUUUCUCUUCCUCUGAUUCGCUCCAAAACCGGCAGACUCAUCCUUCCCUCAUCUCUGAAACCGCUCGGUCACGGCUUCUACACGCUCAUGGUUAUGGAACCCCGGCCGAAAGGAGAGGAGGAUACCGCCGGCUCCUCGGCGAAUUUGAAACCCUGUGACGCGGAAUCAUCGGCGAAACCAGCGGAGGGCUCUUCUGAACCCGACCCGCUUUUAGAUUCGGGAAGCAAUCGUGUUUUGGAGGACGAGAAAACUGCCCAAGCGUCAAAGUGUAACCCGAAGCCUUCGAGUGUGACGGCCCCCGUGGCGAAGCUCCCCCUCUUUAAAAAUUCCAUCUUCACGCCGUCGGUGGCUCUGCAGGUCGUGAAGGGCUACCGGGAGGCGACUCCGACUGCCUGCUUGAGUUUCAAUCGCGUGACGGACAUUCACGCUUCCGCCGAGGCGGAUCUGAGCCCCGCUUCAGCCGGCCGUUGCCGAGGCCGGCCCCGAAAGCACCCCGGUAACCCCGUUUCCCCCCUCGUCCCCGUCGUUAAGCAGGAAAACCCUACGGCGGAAGAGGACGUCGGCAAAAGGAAAACGUCUCUUCUGGUUAAAGAGGGGGCGAGUAAAAAACUGACCGGGGGCUCCUCGGGGGUUCGGGGCAAGCCGGUGCCGGUCAAACGGCGUCCGGGAAGACCCCCGAAGACGAAGAAGAAGAAGGCCGCACAGAUGUGGAGUCCUCCGGCCGUGCAGGCAGGAAGUUGUCCCCCCGACUCCAAGGAGGACGGCGCCGUCAGACUUUCUUGUUUUAAAAGCCCCGAUUGCAAACCCAAAGAAAGCCUCUCGAAGGCGUCUCGGCCGUUAACCCGAGGCGCGUUAGGGAAGGACUUCCCCAGCGCCAAGAAGCGCUCGUGGAUCGACGUGGAAAAGGAACUGGAACCGGAGAUCGAGUCCGAGUCUGACUCCGAAUAGUCCGGGUCUCUCCCUGUGGCUGCAGACGCCAAUGCAGGCGCAGGAGUUUCUGAAUGUGUUGGCACAAAAACUCAGUGGACCUUGUUUUUUUUUGGUACGAAGAAUAUAUAUAUAUAUAUAUAUAUAUAUAUAUAUAUAUAUAUAUAUAUAUAUACACACAUAUACACGAGAAAGCAUUAAUUGACCUUUUGAAUGUAUGAAUGAAAAAUGACCGGUAACCUCCACACAUUCAGCUUUUGGUGGUGUUGUUUUCUUACGACGCAUUUGUUUUGUCGACUACUUUCUCGGUCACUUUUCCCGUCAAACGGCAAAAUGAGAUUUAUUCAAAUCAUGAUUUUCUUUUUCUUUUUUUCUUUUUUUGGAAGUCCUUUCUGUUACUGAUCUGUCCUAUGCAAAUAUAUAAAUCAAGGGUCAGGGGGCGCGAUGUUCCGAUACGCGGCGCCUUUUCGGUGAAAGUUCAAUCGGGUUUCAUGAACUCCGUCAAACGUACACAUGUUAACUUAUGUCUUUUCCAUUUUUAUUGAGAGCUAGUUUGAUGCAUGCGUCCCUUUUUUUCGAAAAAAGUGAUCCGUUUUCCGAUAUUAACUCCCGUGAAAAUCAUAUGUAGUAGCACUUUAUGUUUUCUUUUGGUAGAAACCACCCAUGAUUUCUUCGCUUUAGUCUGUACAGUAGCGGUCUGUAUUCUGGGGACUUGGCUCAGUAAUAUGCACAUAAACCGGACGUGUCACAAGCAAUCAAGAAAGGAGAGGGGAAAAAACGCUAUUUGCCAUAAUGUAUCUAUGAAAAUAACCUCUGUAAAUAGUAUAUUUCUUUUUUUUUCUUUUUUUAAUCGCAAUACAUUUACUUUGUGGAUGAUUAUUUUGAAACACUGGUUGUCCUGUUACUUCUGUUCCAUUGGAAAUGUGAACAAUAAUGUGGCCUUUAAUAUCAAUAAAAACGACAUGCAUUUA